AUGCACGACUCGCAGCACACCGCCGUGAAAUUGCAGUGGCUAACCACGAUCAACGACAACAACGCCUUCGAGACGCUCAGCACAGUCAUCUCGGCGCUUGCGCUGCAGCAUGCUGCGUGCAACCUCACGUGGCAGCCAGCUGGGCCGGCUCGUGGCAAAUUGCACAUCGCCACACUUACCGACCACUUCCGCCAGCACCAAUGGCGCUGCGGCAGACCGGUGCCACCGUCGCCCGAGCGCUGCUUCACGAGCGAGAGCGGAUCGCUGCGGAAGCAGUGCUUUGCCGACUCGCGCAUCGUGCACAGUUUUCAGUUCCACUCUGGGAGGGCGAGCGAUGCCUACCUUGCUGUGCGCUCGCUCCGGCGUGCCGCCUUCCGCUGGCUCGCGGUGCCCGCGCCGGCAGCACCAGCACGCCCGCAAGCACUGCUGCUGCAGCGGUGGCCGAGAAUUUUGCGUCGGCCUCAACGCGUCGUCCACAAUGAGGCGGAGGUGCUCGGCGCGCUGCGUGCAACCGGCUUUGAUGCGCGCGCCUUCACGCCCGAGCGGAUGCCGCUCGCCGAGUUACUCGCGCUGAUGCGCCGCUCAUCGCUCUUGGUGUGCGUGCACGGCGCCGGCAUGAUCAACCAGAUCUUCAUGCCACCGGCUCGCGCCGCGGUGGUGGAGGCGUUCCUGCCGUCGCAGGGCUACAACACGGGCGCGCACCUGAGCCACAUUCUGGGCUUUCAACACCUCAAGCUCUUCCUGCGUUGGGAGGAUAUCGACGACGCGCCACUGCGCUCAGCCGCCGCGUUCAACGCCACCAGUUUCUUCAAGCGGCGGACCGGGCGCGCCUUCCUUCAGCGCAAUGCAGCGGCCGCCUCCGCCCUCGGCCCGGCCCCCGAGGAGUGGCUGGAGCCGGCUCUGGCUCCCCCCGCCGCCGCGGUAAUAGCGGCGGCGGGCGCGGGCUGCGCCGGCAGCGCGGUGAACAGUGUGGCGGUGGAGGCGCGCCUCCUCGACGGUGUCGGCGUGAUCGACGCCCGCGGUGUGGCCGUCGCGGCGCGCGUCUGGCUCCCGCACGCGCUUGAGAGCCUCGGCUUCUGCGUAGCGCCCGCCGCCGCCGCGCAGCUAAGGCUCCGCCUGCGCACCGCCGACGGUGCGACCGAGGCGGACGCGCUGCCGCUCUCAUCGACAGCGGUGCUGAUCGAUAUUGUCGACCCUGCCGCUGCCGGCGUGACCUCCGUGCGGCCGAGCGCCGCGCACCGCCAGCAGCUGCUGUAUUUUUGCGAGGCGCACGGCAAAUGGGGUUGCGCAAUGUCGCACGCCUAUCUGCACAUGCUGCUGCGGUGGGCCACCUUCUACAUGCUUUUCUCGCACGCUGCGCCCGCGGGUGGGUUGCUCACGUCCCACGCUAUCGCCACCUUUCUCUACCGCGAGGGGUCCGCCUUUGACGCCCUCUCCUCCUCGACCGGCGCGAAGGGGCGUGGCCCACCCCGUGGCGGUGUUUGA